AUGGCAAGUAAAUGGAAAAAAGUGAAGAUGGCUUUGGGUUCUAAUCUGUGUGUUUAUGUGCCUACGCCGGAUGAAGACGUCUCGCCACCGCAAUCCGAGAGGUGUUCCGACGUUGCUUUGUUAUCUCCGGCCACCGAUCAAUGGACUCGCGGAGGUUCUGCUUCUCUCCCCUGGUCUUCAGCCUUACGCCUCUCCAGAUCCUUCAACAGAUCUUCCAAGAAAUGCACCAUAUGUUUAGCCUCGAUGAAACGAGGCGAAGGUCAAGCCAUUUUCACGGCCGAGUGUUCCCAUUCCUUCCAUUUUCAGUGUAUUGCUUCAAAUGUGAAACACGGCAACCAAAUCUGUCCAGUUUGCCGAGCCAAAUGGAAACAAGUUCCGUUGCAAUUGGAUCCUUCUUUAGGAAGAACAAGAAUCAACUCCGGGAAUUGGUCGCAAGAUAAUCCGGUGAUGACCGUAAUCCGCCAGUUUCCGUCACGACAAAACUCCAAUCGCCGUGUCUCCGCCCCCGUUUUCCCUCCCAACGAGCCUGCCAUCUUCAACGAUGAUGAACCCUUGGAUGUUCAAACUUCAAACAGUAAUACAUCCGAUGGAUCGUCUUUUGAACGGGUAAUGAUAAAAACGUACACCGAGGUUCCAGGCGUGGCCCGGUUGACCGCUGUGGAUGAUUUUACUGUUUUGAUCCACCUCAAAGCUCCGGUUUCGAAUUCCGGUCCUACGGUGAGCCAGGCUAACCGGAUCCCACGAGCCCCAGUUGAUCUGGUCACGGUUCUUGACAUCAGUGGAAGCAUGGCUGGCACAAAACUCGCCUUGCUUAAACGGGCCAUGGGUUUUGUCAUACAGAAUCUUGGACCAGCGGAUCGGCUGGCAGUGAUCGCCUUCUCUUCCACCGCCCGCCGCCUCUUCUCGCUUCGGAAAAUGUCAGAUAUGGGAAAGCAACACGCCCUUCAAGCUGUCAAUUCACUGGUGGCAAAUGGUGGCACUAAUAUCGCCGAAGGUCUGAGAAAGGGCGGCAAAGUGAUGGAAGACCGCCGGGAGAAAAACCCCGUUUCGAGUGUAAUACUGUUAUCAGACGGGCAGGAUACUUAUACCGUGACUAGCGGUCCAAACCCUGGUGGAGGCCAAAACCGGUCAAACUACCAGUUACUCCUUCCCCAAUCUAUCCAUGGUGGUGAAGGUGGUUCCGGAAUCAAGAUUCCGGUCCAUGCUUUCGGGUUCGGAUCGGACCACGAUGCUUCGUCGAUGCACUCGAUCUCCGAAAUAUCUGGUGGGACGUUUUCGUUCAUCGAGACCGAAAGCGUGAUUCAAGAUGCGUUUGCACAGUGCAUCGGUGGACUUUUGAGUGUCGUGGUCAAAGGUCUACAAGUGAUUGUCGAGAGUUCGAACCCAAACGUUCGGCUUCGAUCUUUAAAGGCCGGUAGCUACAAGAAUCACUUGAUGCCUGAUAGGAAAUCCGGAUGCAUCGAUGUCGGAGAUCUGUAUGCCGAUGAAGAGAGGGAUUUUCUGGUCUCGGUUAACAUCCCAACAGAAUCGGUUUCUCACAAGGAGACUUCUUUAUUGAAGGUGAAUUGUUAUUAUAACGAUCCGCUAACAAAAGAGACCGUGAAGCUCGUAAGUGAAGAAAUUACGAUCAAAAGACCGCAAAAUGUUGGGAAAGAAACGGUCAUCUCAAUCGAAGUUGACCGACAACGGAACCGGUUGCAAUCGGCCGAAGCAAUGAUGGAAGCAAAAACCGUAGCCGAAGAGGGUGAUCUGGCACGAGCAGUUUUGAUCCUCGAGAAGUUCCGGAAGGUUCUUUCAGAAACCAUAUCGGCCAAAUCUGGGGACCGUUUGUGCAUGGCGCUGGAUGCGGAGUUGAAGGAAAUGCAAGAGCGGAUGGCUAGCCGACAUGUUUACGAAGCAUCUGGAAGGGCUUAUAUAUUAUCGGGGCUAAGCUCGCACUCUUGGCAACGAGCCACGGCUCGCGGAGACUCGACCGAGGGUUCGAGCCUGGUUCAAUCCUAUCAGACUCCAUCGAUGACCGAGAUGCUAAGUCGAUCCCAGGCUCAACUAAUUAUCCCUGCAUCACAACCAAGACCAAGGUGAAGAUUAGGUUUUUGAAAAUUUUGGUGUAAAGAAAAGGUAAUGAAAAUGGUGAUGUACAAAAUGGCUGUUUUUGGGGUAUAUGUUUGGUUUUGUUGUUAUGUAACAUACUUGCAAUCUUUCUUAUUCAUUGAUGAUUAAAAUUGAGAUGU